AUGUCCCUCAUCACCGAUGACCCCGACCGCGCUCCGAGGGACUGCACGGCGGCCAGGCGCCACCAGUCCGGUAGGCGCCGGCGGUGGCUGCUGAUCGCCGCGGCGUCAGCAAUGGCGUUGCUGCUAGCCAUGGCCAUCAUACUCUGGCUCACCCUCCGCCCUUCCAGCCCACGGUUCAGGCUGUUGUCCGCCACCGCCUCCACCAACGCCACCGGGGGCAUGGCGGGCACCGUGCUGCUCGACGCUUACGUUGUCGCGCACAACCCCAACGCGCACGCCCUCGCGCUCUAUGACGGCCUCCGGGCGCGAGCGUCCUACGCGGGACUCCAGCUCGCCGCCGCCGCGCCGAUCCCGCCGUUCCAGCAGGCCCAGGGCGACGUCAUGCUCUCUGCCGCGCUCUCCUCGUCGUCCUCGGCGGCGGAGGAAACGACGGCGGGCGGGCGAUCGCCGGCGCUGCUGACGCUGCGCGUGGGGGGGCGGCUCCGAUGGAAGGUGGUCGUCUGGGUGUCCAGUAGCCGCACCCUCGCUGCCGAGUGCAUCGCCGCCGCCGUCUCGCCGUCUCAGCUCAGGGCCGUCGUCGUGCAGGACUGCCAGUGCGCCACCACCAUCGAAUGA